AUGUCAUUUCGGGACCAGUCAUUACGAUCAUUAAUUCAACAGAAUCUCAAGAAAACGCUACCUUUGAAACCAGAAGAAAAGAUUUCUUAUGAGUCAAGCCUGAGCAAUUGGGGAAACUAUUUUCAAGAAAGGAUAGAAAUACCUACUGGUCAUGGAGACUUAAUUGGGUAUUUAACUCUGCCACAGCCAGACAGCUGUUUGUUUGUGCUUCAGCAUGGUGCAGGUUCAAGCGCUAUGUCUUUUGCUCCAAUGAUCCCUGAACUAUUAUCUGAGUCAGAAAAUAAGGGAGGAUUUCUUUCCUUGGAUCUUCGAGCCCAUGGUGAAACAAAUGUUCAACCAGAAACAGAUAUGUCUCUCCAGGCGCUGACAAACGAUUUUGUACAUGCAGUUCAGUAUGUCCAAAACAUAUUUCGUCUGGAGGAAAAGCUGAUUUUGGUGGGCCAUAGUCUGGGUGGAUCCAUUUGCACAGAAGCUGCAUAUGAAAAGAGACUUCCAAAUGUUUCUGGUUUGGUUAUCAUUGAUGCCAUUGAAGGUUCAGCAAUUGAGUCUUUUAACUACAUGCGUAGGUAUAUUUCUACACGUCCUGCUUCUUUUUCUUCUGUAGAGGAAGCUAUAAGCUGGCAUUUGAAAACACUAACCAUCCGGCAAAGCAGUUCCGCCUGCAUCACCGUACCCUCUUUGCUGGUUCCUUCGGAAGAUAAAAGCUGUUACACUUGGAGAACGGACUUAGCUUCCACUUCUCCUUUUUGGUCAGAUUGGUUCACUGGUUUAAGUGACAAGUUCCUGACAGCAGCAUGUGGAAAACUGCUCAUCGUGGCCGCUGCGGAUCGAUUAGACAAAAGCUUAAUUAUUGGACAAAUGCAGGGAAAAUACCAACUUGAGAUAUCCCCAGCUUCUGGUCAUUUUGUUCAUGAAGACGCUCCCGUUCAAAUGGCUUCCCUCUUAAUCAAAUUUUGGCAUCGUAAUCAACCUUUAGUUUUACCAUUAAAAUUCUAA